AAAGCGUAAUUGUAUUCAUAAUGUAUAUAAUGGGUUCGGUUUAUAAUAAUAAGGCUGGACUGGGAAGUAUGUUGCUUCGCUGUCACGGCUCGGGUAUUAGAAUUUGUAAUUCAAUCCGCAUUUUAAAUGCAUGUUGGUAAGUUAUGCAAGGCUGGAGUAGCGGUGCAUGCUGAAUUAUUAUACCGGCCGCGUCGUGUGCUACGGGAUGUUUUCAUAAAGACCGCACUAUCUGCAGCAGGGUAUCAAGUGGCUCCCCUGGGAAAGGGACACAUCGCCGAUCUAGCGCUGCGGUCGUGGUGUCCGCUUGUCCCGGGGAGUUUGCGGUGUCCGCUUGUCCCGGGGAGUUUGCAGUCCCAGCUCACCGGACGCAUAUUCCGUGCACUCAUCUGAGACGUCACAGCAAGCCGUGCCAGCUUCACUCUGGAACGCUGGGAAGCGUGACUUGCACUGAUGAAAAUGCAAUACUUUCAAAUAGCAUUUACAGAGCUUAAAUAGCGUAGUUUGUCAUUUUAAUGCACUGCUCGAGUUAAUUUGAAGUUGGAAAUCCCUUUGGAUGAAGCGGCAGUGCGCUGUGAUAGCGAGAAGUGCAGGUGGAAGUGUUCCAGGAGUUUUGAUUUGCGCCUGGUCGGUGCUCUGCAGGUCCUGUUGGAUUUUCAACAUGCUGGUUAGUCUAGGAGAGUUUAGGGCAGUGCAAGAGAAACGAUUCGUGCUGUAACUGAGAGCGGCCUGGUUCUGUACCAGAUGUGUUUCCAGCUGCGCGACCACGUAACUUCGGCAGUUGGAGAGAUGAAAGGGGCACUGUCUCAAUUAAACACAUCCUUCAUUUCACUUCAGCAGGGAGAACUGCGUGGAGCUGAAGGCGUUAACACUCCACUGUAGCCAUGGCAACCACCCCUGCUGUAAAACUGCGAGUGUUCUCACUCAACUGCUGGGGGAUCCGCUACCUCAGCCAGCACUGCUCCCAGCGCUAUGAGAUGAUUGGUCAGUUAUUGAAGGAGGAGGGGCACGACCUUGCGCUUCUGCAGGAGGUGUGGAGUGAAAAGGAUUAUUUGUUCCUGAAGAAGACGCUCGCACACAGCCACCCUUACACUCACUACUUCAAAAGUGGGGUGAUCGGAAGUGGCCUGGCUGUGUUUUCCAAACAUAAAAUCCUCGACACGUUCCUCUACCGCUAUUCUAUCAAUGGAUACCCGUACAUGGCUCACCAUGGCGACUGGUUUGGAGGAAAGGCUGUGGGAAUGGUCAUCGUGGAUAUCUGUGGCCUCGCGGUCCAUGCUUACGUCACCCAUCUGCAUGCGGAGUACUGCAGGGAGAAGGAUUCCUAUCUCCCACACAGAGUGGUGCAGGCCUGGGAGCUGCAGCACUUCGUUCGGCACACCUCCGGCUGUGCAGACCUGGUGAUCCUGGGAGGAGAUCUGAACAUGCAUCCUCGAGACCUCGGGAACCGGCUCCUGCUCUCAUACACGGGGCUUCGGGAUUCCUACGCUGAGGCAGAGAAGUUUGAGGGUUGUGAGGACGGCAUCACUCUCAUCGCAGAGAACCCUUUCAUCAAUAAGAAAGAGCUGGAGCCCUUCGAGAAUGGAAUACGAAUCGACUACAUUCUCUUCAAGCAGGGCUUGUCGAGGGUCUCUGUGAAGUGUGAGUCUCUCUCCACCACCACGGGCUCUGUGCCGGGGAAACCCUUCCCAUACUCGGACCACGAGGCCCUGAGCGCCGUGCUGCUGCUGCAGAGUGAGGAGGGGGGCGGGCCCCGGCCCCAGCGCUGCUCUGCAGAGCCAGAUCCUGGGCUGGUGGACAUUGUGAAUGAGGCUCGCACGGAGGUGAAGGUGGGUCUGCACCACGCUGAGAGGAUGCGCGGCACCGUGGCCCGCAUGGGGAUGAUGGGGCUGGCCCUGCUGCUGGUGGAGCUGGCUAUCGCGCUGGUGCCCUGGCUGGCACACAGCACGGAGCACGCCUUCCCCCGCGCCUCCUUCUACCUGCUGGGGGCGCUGUCCUUCACCACACUGCUGCUCACAGCCCUGCUGUACAUCUUCUACUCCACGCAGGUGAAGACUCUGCAGGGGGCCGAGGACCAGAUGAGGCUGGCUGUCACGGGGCUGCAGGAGAAGCUGCAGAAACGCUCACAAACACAGCCAGUGGAGCAGGGCAGAGCGCAGGGAGAACCGGCAAGCACCUCGGCAAACUCGCCUUGAUUUUCAGCAUUGCAAAGAUGCAACUUAAAGCUUUAGUGCCCCCCAACUGUUUAAAAAAAAAAAAAUCGAAAUCAAUUCUGCUUGCCUUAUGAAGUGCGCUGAAGACUGAGUUCUGGAAGAAGGUGGCAGGAGGAUCCUAGGAUAUUGAACAUGACUGUGGGACACUGCAGCUUUGAAUUCCUGUUUUUUGUGAUUCCCUUCCUGGGAGGGGGAGGGCCCAGUCGUUUUAUCCCUAAGGUACAUUUUGGGCAGAAGGUUAACCUGUGAUUGGAUUAGUAAUCCACUUGCCUAGACUUGACAAAACCUUGCAUAAGAAGGUUUUGCCCACAUACUGUGAAUGCAGGUCGCGCUGAUGUUUUGUUAUUCCCUUUAGAACUAAACGCACUCCCUUUCACUGAGGUCUUUCAGUCACUGCUUAUUUUAAAUUCUCUUCUCGGGGACCGUUUUCAAUUCCACUGCGUUGUUCUGGAUUAGUCUUCUUUGGAAAAGGACAUGUUUCAGAUAUUUGCAGUGGCUGUUGUCAUGUUUUUAUCUACAUGAGAUAAAUGUAGUCCACAUUCCUUGCAUAGCUAAAGCAGGCAAAGAACGACACUAAAACUGUGCUCUCUUCUGCAGCACAACUGUCUUCCACUGAACGUUCAUAUAAUGUCUUCUGAAAUGGUGAGCUUUACUUGCACAGAAAACACAACCACUGCAUACUCUACACAGGAGUGUGUAACCUGACCUGCACCACCCACGCCAAUCCCUGCAUUUCAGAGCUUUUGAGAGCAGGUUUCUGCCUGCAUUACAAAUACAAAGGACGUGAAUGGAAUAGAUUGGACUGCGUUGGUUGACAGUUUGCUGUAAAUCUUUUCCAGGUUACCGUGAGGUUUCUUGUGCUUUUUUUUUUACAAAACUCGGAUUUUUAAAACAUUCUUUUAAAAGUUCACCCGUCGCUUUUGCAUAUUUAAAUGUGAAACGACUGGAUUGUGCUGUUUUUUUUUUUUUUUUUUUUGCCUUUCAUUUGAAUGCUGUGAUAGAAAUACUUGUGUCCGAUUUACAGCUAAAUGAAUAAUAAUAAAGCACAUUUUAAAAUGAGCACAGUCAUUUUGUUAAAGCCUGGAUCUAAAUGCCCGAUGCUGGUGGAUCUUUCUCGCAAGCCCUUUGCGAGCCCCUGCUGUGUGUCAGUGAUAACCACAGUGCAGUUCAGUCACUGGAAUGGGAUGAUCGCUCUCCCCAGACGCUCUGCACACUUUAAAUGCUUGGCUGUAAACAUUAUGCUUGCUUAGCGGUGGUGACGAUCUGUUUGGUUUUACCAGUUACGCAGCCCGCUGGCCCUUGCAUUACUGUUCAUUAAACCUGCUCUUAGUGACCCUCUCCUGCCCACGGUGCGUCAUGAUCAGUUGAAACAGAGCCUCAAACCAGAUUCCUGUGCAGCCCGAGGCCUGUGGCUUCAUUCCAUUGCAGGAGCAGAUGUCUCCUGGCACUCGCACCUGCCCCUCUAGAGUAAAUAUAGAGCAACACGAGGAGAGGAAAGGGAGCCUCCAGCGCAGAACAAAUAGAGGAGAUUACGAAGAGGCUGUGAAGAGCCUGCGCUGCUGUGUAGAAGCAGUCCACAGCACAGGGCUCUGUAAAGGGCGGGCAGUGGAAGUUGUUUCUUCUUGAGCUGGAACUGCCAGCCUCUCUGCUCGCUCUUGUUUUUUCUAUGGGGGCCGGGUCCCUUGCAGGCCAGCCUGUGCUCUGUUUAAUGUCGUCGUUUCUUUUUUGCAUCUGUUUUUAAAACCACUUAAGGACGUGGUUAGGCAUCGUGAAACGUGAUCAAUGUUAAAAAGACCAUCCUGCAAAAAUAAUGCCUCGACCAGACAAGUUUCUGCAAGAACGCCCGAUGCUUCCUUUCGAUUAAAUGCAAAAGUCUGCAUUAAAAAUACAUUAUCUCUCCUUAUCUAUCCUUUUGAAAAAGAAAGAUUUUAGACUUUCUAUAACAGAGACAGCAGAUUAGAAACCAGCACGAUGAGCGAUUUAAACACACGUUCACAAAUAUAUUCCCGCGUAGCAAAGAGCUGUUCUGUGUUGUGAUCUAAAGCUUUUGAACCCCCUCCCCGGCGUCUUGGUUUUGGGCAGGGCCCGCGUCUUGGUUUUGUUGGAUAGACGAGAGGGAUAUUUUGUCAGAUUGCACCCAGGUUCACUGUGGGGACACACGGGUUGUGGAAAGGUCUUCGCUCAUGCGGAAUCUUGAACCAUGUGUCUCCUUCCAUCGCUGAGCACAGUUACAAACCGCCUGUCAAACGUUACGAAAAUUAGAUUGUUUCUUUUUAUCCUAGAAACGAUCUCAAUACGUCAAGUGGCGAGGUGGAAAACCGUUGCAAUUUUAAUAAAAAUAAUGA